GAGGACCCAACACAAGACUAGCUAGUGGUGUUUUCCUUUCAUCGUCUUCCUCUUGAAGGUAUUGAGGUUGUUUGUUAUGUGUUUGCCAGAGGGAGAGAGAGAGAGAGAGAGAGCCAUGGCACUGGAAGCAGUGGUGUUUUCACAAUCACAAGACCCAUUUGGUGGUUACGGAUCAGUGAAGGACUUCUACAACUGCACUUUCUUGGCUGCUACUUCACCUAACUGGGGGGACUAUGAACACAUCAACAUCAACAUCCACAAAGAAGAAGAACAAGGUUCCAUCUCUACUUUUCUCGAUAAUAGUAACAACCAACCAGACAAUUACCCUUAUGGAGGAGAUUGGACCAGCUCCUCAUCCUCUAUCUUACCCCACUUGAAUGAUCUUCAAGAAGCCACAGACCCCAGUAACGCCACUCACAGCUUGGAUACCUUAACCACUCGUCCCAAGAGGCGCAGAGCCAAAAGCAGAAAGAACAAGGAAGAAAUUGAGAACCAAAGAAUGACUCACAUUGCUGUCGAGCGCAAUAGAAGAAAGCAGAUGAAUGAGUAUCUUUCUGUUCUUCGCUCUCUCAUGCCGGACUCUUAUAUCCAAAGGGGUGAUCAAGCUUCUAUAAUUGGAGGUGCUAUUAACUUUGUCAAGGAGCUUGAACAGAGGCUGCAUUUUCUUGGUGCUCAGAAAGAAGGAGAGCGGAAAUCUGAUGCUGGUGGUGCAACGAACAUGCCCUUUUCUGAGUUCUUCGCCUUUCCGCAGUAUUCAACAAGUGGUGGUGGUGGUGGCUCUGAUAAUUCUGCAACCGUAGGUGAAGACGUGGGUGAAGUUAAGUCUGGCAUUGCUGACAUAGAAGUGACAAUGGUGGAAAGCCAUGCAAAUCUCAAAAUAAGAUCCAAGAAGCGCCCCAAGCAACUCUUGAAGCUGGUCUCUGGUUUGCAUACUAUGCGCCUCACAAUCUUGCACCUAAAUGUUACCACCACCGGUGAAAUUGUACUCUACUCUCUAAGUGUUAAGGUAGAAGAUGAUUGCAAGUUGGGAUCCGUUGAUGAUAUUGCUGAAGCUGUGUACCAGACGCUGGAUAGGAUUCAGCAAGAGGCAGUGUUGAAUUAAGAUGAGACGAUGAGCACCAAAUUUGGCUUGCUCCACUUGGUUUUUAACCUUACUUCAUGGUGGAUCAUUAUCUCUUGCUAUUUUUCUCUUUCAAGAUGUACCUAAUUAUUGCAACUUCUAUUCACUUCACCCUUUUUUAAUCUACUGAUGGUGCCCUGAUGUGGACUCCUUGGAGGAAGUUUUUUGGUUUA